AAAAAACAAAACAAAAUCUCUUGACUUCCAAUUAAAUUUUAAAGUCACCCUUCAUUCGUUCUUUUCUCAUUGCUUGUUCUUCAUCAUAUAUCUAUACCUUAGUUUAAUUUCCUAGUUGAGUUGGUGUUGAUGGAUGAAUUUGCGUCCUUGAGGAACUGGGAUUUGGAAGCUAUUGUGAGAGGAAGCACCGGUGAAGCCACCACCAUGGAUGAUCCAAACCCUGAUUUCUCUUACUUCUUCUCUGAACAAGAUGCGAUGCUUGAUACCUUUCCCGAAUUCUCAGAAACCACGAGGGUCCUUGAUGAUUUGGAAGAGCUUUACAAACCUUUCUACCCAGUUUUUCACCCUCUUUCACCACACACCAUUGUUAAAACUUCCCUGCCUAUCCCCAUAGAACCCGAACAGGUCAAAGAACUCAAAGCAUCAGAAGAGAAAGUAGCUCUACAAGGGUCAAAAGUUCCCGCAGCACCUAAAUGCAAAAAAAGCAAGAAGAGCCAGAACAAGAGUGUGGUGAAGCAGGUGACAACAGCAGAAGGUCUUGAUGAUGCAUGGGCAUGGCGUAAAUAUGGACAGAAACCGAUAAAGGGUUCACCCUAUCCUCGAAGCUACUAUAGGUGCAGCAGUUCCAAAGGGUGUUUGGCCAGGAAACAAGUUGAAAGGAGCCACUUAGAUCCUUCUGCUUUCUUGGUAACAUACACUGCUGAACACAGCCAUCCACACCCAACUCGAAGAAACUCUCUUGCUGGGACCACAAGGAAGAACAAUACCAUAGUUCCUCCUCCAACCACUCGUCACCAAAAGAAUUGUUCAUCAAGGACACCUUUGGUGGUGAAAGAUAAUGGACUUGUACCAAGUGUGCCACAAUGCAUGGACUUGAAGAAAGAGGAUGAUUUUCUUGAGUGGUUGGAUGAUGAAGGUGCUCAAUUUGGUGAUGGUUGGAUUCCUACCUCCGAUCUUGAGAAACUGAUUGGACUUGAAUGCCAACAUUUUGCAUUUGAUGGCGGUUUCACUGAUGGUUUUUCACAUGCUUAGUUCCAUUAUGUAACUAAUUAAUGAAUAGUGCAAACUUCUGAAUUGAUUUUUCUAUUUUAAGGACAAUUAAUGUAGAUACUGGCCACCCCAGUUCCUAUUUAAUCCUUCUCCUUCUCGAUCGGUUUCGGGGGCGUUUUUAGUUGCUGUUGUGGUUAUAACAUUGCGGUUGAUAGUUGAUACACUGUAAUUUGCGAUGCGAUGGUGAAAAUUAUAAGAGCCUUGAUGUUGCAAUAGCAAUCAUACGGAUCUAAAA